UAAGCCAUCAGCCCAACAACAGCACCAAGAAACAACGCACUCUCGUCUUCUCCGUCGCCGGGGCAACACGCCGCCGUGCCGCCCCCUCUCGUCCCGUCCGUGGUUGUCACCGCGCUUUCCUACAUCACCCGCAGGCUUGCGGCUUCGUUGUUCGGCGGCUAUCUCUGUUCCAAACUAACAGGAGGAAAGGACCCAUGGCGAUGGAGAUGAGAGCCCGGGAAUCUGUAGGCAUGUCGGAGGACCUGACACGGGCGAUCUCACCUUAUGCCACCGCCCUGCAUGACGCGUUCCUCCACUCCCAUUGCUCCUCGUGUUUCAGGAAGUUGCCAUCGCAACCUCCAUAUGCCAUGUCUUGUAUGCUCUGCUGCUCCGUUCAGUACUGCUGCUCAGACUGCUUAAGCUCGGAUCGUGAAAUGCAUUCGUCUUCUGGUGAAUGUUGUUUCUUCGCCGACCACCUCAAGAAAGCAUCUCCAUCCUACAUCACUGAAGGCACAAGCGAUGUCCGUGCUUCCCUUCGACUUCUUUAUUUUCUCGAGAUGCAUGGUCUUGUCUCGUCAGAUUCAAUCAACCGGUCCAGCAGAAUUGGUGGGCUUUCAACAAUUGGUAUUCGGGAAAUUCUGGAGGUAGGUGGGGAAGUUGCUGAGAGGAUACUGAAGGGAAGCAUGCUGAUGUCGUCUGCCAGAAAAAUGAGGACGCAAACUUCUGUUGUUUUCUCCAAUGGCCUGACAAUAGAGAUAGUCACAUUAUGGGUGGUGAUGAUCAACAGUGUUGAGGUGCAGAUUGGUGACGGGUGGGAUCUGGGGAUUGCAGUUUAUGGGCCUAGUUUCUCAUGGUUCAAUCAUAGUUGCUUUCCGAACGCUUCUUUUCGUUUUGUAUUGGCUCCACCCAAUGAAGAUUCUGUUUCAGACAAAUCAGAAUACCGUGCAGUCCCUGCUAGCAAAGGGGUUGCUCAAGAUGCGUGGCAUGCUUGGCAAUUUGAAGAGGGUUCUGCUCAUGCACUUGGCAAAUAUGGCCCAAGAGUUGUUGUUCGUUGCAUAAAGCCAAUCAACAAGGGGGAUGAAGUUUGCAUAACAUACAUUGAUCUUCUCCAGACCAGGGAAGCAAGGCAUUCAGAUCUUUGGUCAAAGUAUAAGUUUAUUUGUUCUUGUGAGCGCUGUACUGCAUCACCAGAAUCAUAUGUGGAUUUUAUUCUAAAUUGUGACUUCAGGAACUUGAGUUCACCAGAGAAUGCUUUUAUAUCUCGAGGAAUUGAGGAUUUUGAUGAUAUCUUGCAACAAGCAAUCUCGGAAUAUUCAUUGGGUGAUGAUCCCAAAGCCUGCUGUACUAUGAUUGAAAGUUUGCUUUCUGAAAACUUGAUGGGUGAUUUGCAGCAAGUGGAACUUUCACGGAAAAGACAUAUACUACAUCCUCUUCAUCAUAUAUGUCUUAGAGCUUAUAUGACGCUUGCCUCUGCUUACCGCUUUCGUGCCCUAGAAUCCGAUACUGAUGGCUUUAAGGGAGAAAACAGUGCCGUUUCUUUCAAAAUGACCAAAGCUGCAGUAGCUUAUUCAUUUCUUCUUGCAGGAGCUACGCACCAUCUGUUCUUAUCUGAACGUUCCUUUAUGACCCCACUGGCGCAUUUUCUGUUAAGCGCUGGACGGUCCAUGUUAGGUUUUGUUGAAUGUGUAAAGGGAGAGAGAAGGAAAAAUGUAUCCCAAGCUAAGUUUAGCUUUGCUUCAUGUUCAGCAAGUUCAGGAACACGUGAUUCCAUGCAGUACCAUCAAUUCAGAUCAACUUGUGAGGAAUUUGGCAAGCGCAUGUUAUCGCUAUCAUUGCAGUGCUGGCCAUUUCUUGUGCAAAGCUCACCCUGCCUGGAAAAGAUAAAAAACCCUAUAGACUUCAGUUGGCUUGGGACAGCAAUAUUUCAGUCUCUCCAUCUUUCUGUGGUAGAUUCUGCCAACCUUUCUUGUACAGAUGGUCUAGAAAUUUUCACUGAAGAGCAGAAGGGGUGUAUUCUCAGCUUAGCUAUUUGCUGCAUCACCUUUUGCGAAUAUCUUGCAAAUAUAUGCUAUGGUCCACAACAUUAUUUGGCAAAUCAUGCUAAAGAUCUGCUUGAAGGUAUCAAUCUUGCACAAUGAAGUUGAUGUUUGGUGUGCUCCAUCGUCAUUAUCGAUGGUUGUGGAGCUUACUUUCAAGAUGGUCGCAGGAUUAAAUGAAUAUUUUCUUUGUAUGUAAGCACAGUUUGUCAAUUCUGUUUAUUCUGAUGAACAAAGUUAAUGACAAUGAGAUUUAUUGGAAGUC